CUCGGUGGUCCGGCGGAUCAGCUGUACUUUAACAUAACGGAAAGAAUGCCGCUAUCUGGCAUUGUUCUAAUCAUUGGAAUUCUACUGGGCAUAACUACGUUAAUCGGUAUCCUAGGUAACAUCUCGGUUUGUCUUGUGGUGUUUUGGAAUCGCUCUAUGAGGACUCAGCUUCAUCUUUUGUUAGUGAACUUAGCCAUCGCCGAUGUAGGCAUGUCUGCGUCAUGCAUGCCGUUUGCUGUGGCCACAGUUCUUUUUCACGAACAGGUAAAGGAAAACGCAAUAGAGAGAGUGUUAAUAAAGCACCAUAAGAUGAUCACGUGACCAUUUUCCUCGCCAUUUGGUAACACGGCUGUCUUUUUUUCCGCUUGCCGCUUUCAACCAACCUAACGAUUUUUUCCGGCAGGGGAUGCUAAUUUGUCCACAGACUCGAAAGUUAGAACUAAAUAAAUAGUAAUAUGUCAGAGUACAACGGACGUGAUUUCAUUUGAAUGGUCUCGCCAUUGGGUUUCAUUCACAGAUUCAAAAGUUAGAGCUGCAUACAAAAUAUAUAGUACGACCAUGUGAAAGUAUUACUGAAGAGGUUUCAUUUGAAUGGUCACAUCAUAAGAUUUCAUCCAAAGACCCAAAAAUUAGAGCUGCAUACAAAACAUAGUAUUGCUGAAGAGUUUUCAUAUGAAUGUUCAUGAUCAUACCAUAAGAUUUCAUCAGCAGAUUCAAAAGUUAGAACUACAUUCUAAAUUAAUAGUACCAUGUUAAAGUACUGCUGAAUAGCUUUCAUUUGAAUGAUCACGCGUAGGGUGUAUCCACAGAUACAAAAUUCAGAAAUGUGUUCCACUUUUACAACUGAAUAAUUUUUUCUAUUCCUUUAAUCUUGAAAUUUCUUUCUUGGGAAAGGGGAGUCUGAAACCUUAAGGCAACCAGGUGAUUCCAAGGAUGAGAAAGGAAAAAGUUUAUUGCGAUGGUAACUGAACACCUGAAGAGCACGCGAGGGGAACACACCCCGCGUGUGCUCCCGUCCCUUCGCUCUAACAAAAUUAGCGCCUGAUACGCAGGCUAAAUCAUAAUUUAAACUCAGUGACUGAGGCAGUAAGACUGCUGUCCUUUUCGCAAAAUUAAACGCUAACUCGUAUUUUUUUUCCUUUCAGACAAUCGGAAAACGCUUCUGCUAUUUCAAUGGUUUCAUUAACACGUUCUUUGCCUUGGCAAGCGUUCUUACCAUUUGUUCUCUCUGUGUUUAUCAGUACGUUUCCGUUGUAUUACCGCUGAACAAAUCCCUCACUAACUUCCGUUGCCUCGUUAUGGUGUUGUGCGCAUGGACAAUUUCGAUCUUUCUGGCCAUCGGACCUGUGCUGUAUUGGGGCCGCUACGAGUUCACAUCAAACAUUUUCAACUGCGAAUACUACCACACGACCAAAGAAGCAGAAAUUUCGUACAAUAUCACUUUGAUGCUCUGUGGAUAUUUAUUUCCUUGUGCUUUCAUGCUUUUUAGCUACCUAAGCGUUUUACGAGCGCUGCACAAACAUCAAUCGCGAAUGGCGGUUUAUACGUCAUCGAUAUCUCCGGCGCCAGCUGCCGGAUCACCCGUUACCUUGGAAACAAAAUUGUGCAUGACAAUGUCGGUAGUGUUUUUAACCUUUCUAGUUUGCAGGACGCCUUUUUUCGUCUUUUUGGUACUAGCGACCUACGACUUGGGAAACCCACCUGAUUUUCUGGGGCAGCUGUCAUUUUGGGCCAUUUAUCUACACAGUGCGUGCGAUCCUUUUAUUUACGCGUUUAAGCACACAGAGUUCCAGGAAACUCUAAGGGAUAUUUUAAGAACAUUUAGACUAGCGAUCACAGCUAGCUGUUGCUUUUGUUCAUCAAAAGAUUCUGUUAAAGAAGAGCAUGUGGUGAAAGAGAAAAAAUAA